CAAAAAUAAACAAAUACCAAAUGGUCGUUUUUCUUUGCAAAUCAGGUAUGUUCGUCAUAUUUAUAGUUUUAAUUUACUGAUAUUGCUUGCUAUUAACUAUACAAUUAUGCUCUGUAGUUAUCAUGUACAAGUCAGUUUCCCCAAUAAUUUGAUUUUUAGAUGUUUUCAAAUGAUGUCAAUAUAUUUUCCCCUUGGGUGACUGCAUCUUUACAAUUAUGUAUAAAAGCAGCUUUCAAAGUAGCCGGUAAGUUUGUACUUGUACAGCUCAAUUUAAUAAAUAAUAAUGUAAAGUUAUAGUAAACUUUAUUUUUACUGGAUAACUAGGUCUCCAGUAAGGCAUAUACCAUGCGACGGUACCACCAGCAGUGCCAGACACAGGGUAGGGGAUGGAUAGCCAUUGGGGGUAGCCUGCAGCCCUGCAUGCCAGGCUCUCUGCUUGAAAUAGAACCUGCUACUCAAGUCGAUAAAAAGUGGACAGUGACAAUUUGAAUUCCAUGGUUAUUUUGGUACAGGCAGAGUGGCAGACCUCUCCACAUAUACAGAUGCUAAAGGCACAGAACACAGACCAUACAGGAGGCCAACAUUACUGUUGCCAUGUGCCUAGCCAGUGCGCUUACGAGAGGCAGGGCCGUAGGGCAUUUAUUGAUUUUAAACUUUAUUAAUUGUAAGCGGCUACAUUAUUCAUGACAAACUGCAAAGAAUGAAGAUAUUACCCAUACUUUCCUGCAACUUAUCCAAUAUAUAGUUAAUUAAAUAUGCCUUUGCCCAUUUAGUACCACCAAAUAUUUGUAAAUUUCGACAUACUAAAACGCUGUUUUCUGACCAUCAGAAUUCUGUCAGUUAUCUUCGCCAACGUCCAGGAAAUGGCAUUUCAGAGACUCUAAAUUUAAAAAUUUCCUCGGGCCUUCGGCCCUCACUUUCAACCACACCAGUGAAAAGAGCUUCCUAUGACCCUAACCUCCCUGAAAAUAUUCAAAAUAUUUACAAAAAUUAUGGGAGAUGUUCACACUCUAGGGCAAAUGCCUCUAGAAAAAUGUCCAUUACUGUAGCUGAGGUUUUGCUGUAUUUAGUAAUUUUCAUUUUCCAUUAUUUUCUAGUCUUGCGGAUCGACGCUAUAAACAGAUGCUGGAGGACGAGCAGAAAUGUCUUGCAAGAAACAAGAAAUUGCUGGAAGACAUUGAUAGAUUGGAGGAACAAAUGACAUACUUCAGUAAUGAAUGCAAGCAAGAUGAAGAAAAAUUAAAUCAAGCAAAGGUAAUAUUCUACAAGAAGUUACCAGGGUUUGUGUCAUGGACUACCUGGAAAUAUUUAGAUUUUUUAUCUUCAUUUAUUCUUUUUGCAGAAUAAAUUCAUGCAGUAUGUGAAAUCAGUUUAUCCUAAAUGGACAGAAGAUGUUAAGAAAUGGCAAGAACUGAAACAACGAUCUCCCAAGGAUGUUGAACAAAAGUUGCAUUCAACACCAUAUAGAAAUCAUCAUAGUUUUACUGAAUUUGAAAGAUCACCAUCUCAUUCUGUUCCUGAUAGUAAGAAAAAUUAUGGAGGUUCAUUAGAGUAUCCUAGAGAUAGAAUGGGAAAUUCAAGGGAUAAUGUAGGAUUUGGUAGAGCAGAUAUAGGACACCAUAUGGAUAUGAAUGGAUCUUAUAUGGGUAGGACUGGAUAUCCUAAGGGCACAACAGGACAUUCUAGGGAUAUGAUGGGUUAUUCUAAUGAUAGGAUGGGAUCAUCAACUGGUAGAAUGGCAUGCUCUAGGGAUAUUAAUCCUAGAUCAUUUAGGGAAACAACACAGCUCUCUUGGGAUGAAAUGGGAUUCUCUAGAGGAUACCCUAGGAAUGAUAUUGGGUAUCCCAGGAUGUACAAUGGUGGGCCAUGGAUGUACCCACAAAAUACACCCCUUGACAUGUUCCCCCACUCUGCUCACCCAUAUUUUGCACCAGUACCAUAUGGUGUACCAAGAUGGAGCACACCUGGUUAUGACCAUUGGUCAAACCCACAUGGCAGAAGUCAUGAGAAUAAUGGUACAGAUGAAAGGCAAGGCUUCUCUGGAGACGAUAAAGAACGUCCACAUAAUGUAUCAUUUGAAAGAGAUGAGAGAGGGCAAAGGGAAGGAAUGCCAAGUGAAGUUUUACCAAAUACUAGAAAUGGUAAACUUUAUCCUGAUGAAAGAAAUGAAUGUUAUCCUGAUGAAAGAAAUGAACGUUAUGCAAAUCAAAGACCUCGUGAUAUAAACUCCUUUCACAAAGAAGACUUCACUGAUCGUCACUCGGCAGAAAACGUACUUGAUAGAUAUCCAGCUGAUUACUUAAACAGACCACCUUCAGAUGCUACUAGACAAUAUCAUCACCCUGGCCAAACAUUGGGAAGAUCGAAUCAAGAAGCUGAUAGACAGAAGAAUAAAAGGGGUGAUGAGAAUUAUGAGAGAGACAUAGACCCAAGAACAUUACCUCAAAGAAGACUAGAACAGGAGACAGAAAAUUACGGUCCAAGUUUCAGAGGACAAGGUCGCAGCCAAGAAUUGUUUAAUGAUAGUGGUCCGAGGUUUAGACCACAAGAACGCAGCCAAGAAUUGUUUAAUGAUCGUGAAAGAAGCCAAAGGAAUGAUAGGAAAGCAAUGGAUGACGAUGAUCAAAGAGACAUUCAACAGAAACAUGAUGGCCUUUUUAAAGAAGAACAAACUGAUCGUACUAGAAUUUCUGCGAUGAAAGUAAAUAAACCAGACGGACACGAAUAUUUGGGAGAGCCUAUACGAGACACUAGAUUGAUGCAGUUGAGGAGCGAAGGCAGUGGUUAUUGUAGCAGAGAAGCUAUGAAUACAGACUCAAUAAGUUUACCCACCAUACAUCAAUACGAAGGCGACCCUCGUGAUAUAUUCAGUGAUAUUUCAGACAGUGAACCGCUGAAUGAAGAUAGUCGUGGUGUUAGUAAGCAGUCUAAGGUACAGAAUAAUAUUUCGUGCAGUGAUGCACUAAAGCAAGAUGAUACCAGUCGUAUUCACAGUCAAGGCUCCAAAGCAAAAGAUUACAGUGAUAUUUCAAAGAAUCAGUCGCCUAGCCAAGAUGGUAGUAGCCGAGUUAAGGGAAAGCACUCUGAAGGGAAAGAUCCACAAGAGUUCAAGCCAAAAGUGUCUAAGGGAAAGAAAGUUGAAUCAUCUGUUCCCGGAAAUGAUAGAGGAUUGUUAAAACGCGAAGUAUCUGAGAGUAAAAGCAGUGUUGUUGAAGAUUUGAUAGGAGAUGAUCUCAGCGAUUUUGAAGUUAGUGAAAGAGAGUUUUCCGAUGAUGACUUGGAAAGGAAAGAGCCUCUGAGCGAGAAUUUGAUUUCUGAAAAUGUGAAGAGAAAAUCUGAAGGACUGACACGGCAUAAAAUUGGUGAUAUUUCUGAGGGUGUGGUAGAUGUGACUGGGGUCAAAGAUAGAAGAAAAAAUCAGGGUGGUCUGAUAAAUGAAAAUAUGGCCAAAUCUAAAGAAGUAGCGCAGAGUGAUAUUUCGUUUGAAAACAUGGCUGGGGAUAGAGAGAAGAGUGGCCAUCCAAAUGAAAGCAUGAGCCAACAUAAAGAAGCAAGAGAAAGUGUUCCUCCGACGGAAAAAGGGUCGAAAGAACUGAGUGAAAUACUUGACAGAGCUCGAGGGACAGAUAGUAGUAAAGAGGAUGUUCUUCAACAAAAUAAUGAUGAUGACAAGAAUUUUAGCCAUGAGGGUGGUAUGAGCCACUCUAGUGAUGAGUCUAUCCCAGAAGAGCUAGCAAAGACUGAUAGUGAUAAUACUAGCAGUAAGAGAAUGACUGACACGAAAGUUAGUGAAAGUAAAGUAAAGGCAGAUGCUGCAAAUAUAGAAGGACUAAAAGUUGGUUCGAUUCAGGAUGAGAAGCAUGAUGCUAAAAAUACGGGAGAAGCGAAAGGUGAUUCUUUUAACGGUGGAGGAAAUCUAAAUGAACACCAGGAACUGACCAAAACAAAAAGUGUAAUAAAUACGGAGAAAGAUUUGGAAGAAGACAGCAGGUCAGAGUCGAGAGAAGCAGCCCUAAGUGUGGAGGGGAACAAAGGAAAACCAGGAGAAAGUGUGGAUAAGGAAAGUGAUGGCGAAAUCGUGAGUGAAGAUGAAAAAUCCAAAAGUGGUGUUUUAGAAGAGGUCUCAUUCUCUUCAGUGGAAUCCAGUUCAGAAUCCGUCCCUGUACAGGAAAAGAGCACAAGGUAUCAGUACAUGUUAAAACAUCUUUGGUUGUCUCCGCCAACCAUAUAUCAUCAUAUGAUAUAUUACUUGGCUAUAGAGUCCACUGUUAGACCACCAGUGUUGGAAAGUGUUGAAUGAUCACGCCUAAUCGUGUUCAACAAUGUUGGAUGGAAAUGAAUUUUAAACAAAAUUAAACCCGAUCCAACAUCAGCCAACAUUACCCAACAUACGUAGUGUUCAACAAGGCAGUAUUUACCCAUGGUCGAUCUUAUCACUGUACUUUUACGUUUGUACGAUCCUAGUACUUUAAAUAGUAAUUUAGUUCCUAUCUUUUGUUGUAUAGCAAGAGGAGUAAGAGUAAAACAAAAGAAAGUAUGUCAUAUAGUGAAGAUUUCGAAGAUGAAAAAAGUAUUAAAAGUAUUCCACUGACACAAAGUGCUGCUUAUCAGAAAAUGCUGAGCACAGUCGACGUUAGCGACGAAGGAGACGACUUAGAGGCAGAUUUUCUUGAAGGUAAUACUACUAUCGGAAUAUAAGUAAGAGUUCUAAACCGAGAACGCGGGAUAUAAGUCAUAUAUUUACCCGAGGGGGCACAGGGCCCGAGUUCGAGGUUUAUAACUUAUAUCCCAAGUUCGAGGUUUAUAACCGAUGUAUUUACUAAUUGAGGAGGUUUUUGAAUAAGAUUUCAUCAAUUUCAAAGACUAUCCAUAUAAAAUUUUCGCGUUUUGUCGACAAGUUUAAACUAAUUAUACAGGACGUCUAAGAAGAGCAAUUAUAGAACUGAUAGAGCUAUCUACUGGUAGACUAAGUAUAAAUAAAGCUAACUUGGUCGCAGUAACGCUUUUCCUUAUUCUCUAGGUACAAUGUCCGAAGCAAACACGACAGCUCAAAGUACACACAACAUGCCACAAACCCUUCAAGACUCUGGGACAACUUCUCAAAUAAACCUCCCAGCAAAGCCGUCGAAAUCAAAACCAACACUGUCCUUAUUCAGUAGCAGCGAGAAGGACGACUUUGGGAAUAGUUUUGGCAACGAGGGUGUGGGGGUACUCGCUCCAUCGUGGAAGUCAAGUGAGGGGACACUGUCACCACCAUUGUCCCCUGACACGGGGGAUUAUGUGCCCACUGUGUCUGGGAAAGUGGAAGACAAGCAGGAAGUAGGAAAAGGGGAAAAGGAAGUGUUGCCUGUGGAUGAAAAUAAAGAUGAAAAAGUGGAAACAGGGAAGAAGUUGCAAGAAUCUGACACAAAGGCUCGCAUUCAAGCAGGUAAAUUGCUAAUCAUCUAAUGCGUAUUUAUUUCUGUUGCCUCCCAGUUCACUCACAUGUAUAAUUCAAAUACUUGGUUACCUUUGUUCUAUUCUAUGCUUACAUUAUCAGAACAAUGGUAACUAGGCAUGACGGUUAUAUGAAAAGGUGAAUUGGUGGACAACAGUCCAUAGCUUACAAAUGUUUCUUUCCUAGGUUUCUGGAACAAUUCUGACAGUGAAUCAGAAGUUGAUUUACAGAUCAGUCAUGGUGGUAAUGAUAACAAUGAUGAUGAUGACUUUGAUUUCUACAGUUGAUCGUAAGUGUAUAAAAGGUUUAAAGGGAUGAAAUUUUUAUGUUCUCAUUUGAAAGAACUAUUGAAAGACAGUAUAAAUUAACUUCUUUUACCGAUUUUUCAUAUCUUGCUUAGUUCUUGAAUUGUUUUCACUUGAAGUAAUGAGAUGUCCGCCAUCUUGGAUAAAUUUUUGAUCUCAUUAACGGUAGUUUUGGUGACGUCACAACAGGGAUUAACCACAUAAAACUAGUAUUCGUUGCUGACCAAAUAUUGUUUGGUAGAUGUUUUAAAGGUUUUUAGCGAUCUUGAUAUUUCGAAGGGCAGACAGAGUAUAGUUUUGAGUGCAAAAUGUUUAGUGUUUGUCUAGAUAAAAAUAUUGCGUGACUCCUGUUGUGACGUGACAUGCAUAUCUACAAAAAUUGAAGAUGGCGGACAUUUCAUUUCUUUCAAUCAAAAUAUUUGUAGAAGUAAGCAAGAUAUGAAAAAACAGUAAAAGAGUAUUAUAUAUAGUCUUAAAAGUUCUUUCAAAUGAGAAAAUAAAAAAAUAUAUUGCCAUUUCCCUUUAAAAACAGUAGCAUGCAGUUGAAACAUAUAAACAUUGAAAUGUGCAUAAUUUGAAAGUCUUCAGAAUACAAAAACCAAACUGUAAGUUACAUCAAAAUAGGAUACAAGUUUAGUGAAUCUUAUAGCAAAACGAUUAAUUUAUUUAUUGUUGAUCAUUCUUAAUAUAUUUUAACUUAACUUAUUAUACAUGCGCGUAUAACGCUAGUACUCUACAGGCCCGUUUAUUGCACUUGCAUUUUUUGCUGCGAUUUAGGUGCGACUUUCCCAAGGGCGGAUUUUCAUAUUUUUAAAAGUGGAAAAAUUUCUAGUGGGAUGCAAGCGGCACCACUGAGCGAGCUUCAACAGUGAUUAGGCGUUAGGGUUAAAGACUUUCACACAAAAUAGGAGGGAUGAAGCGACAUUUUGGUGGGGUUGAACACUUUAUAAGAGGGGUUAGAGUGAUUCUAAGAGGGGUUUAACCCCCCCCCCCCCAACCCCCCAGUAAAUACGCCCAUGGACUUUCUUCUGAUGGAUAUUAUGAACGAGUGGAUGAGUUAUGGAUGUUCAUAUGAGGGUACAUAUACUCAGAACAUUCAUAUUAAGGCCAAAAAAAAAAUAUGUGGGUUUCCGGUUUCCCGACCCUACCUAGCUUUUGGACGUCGAAAUCCCGACCCUAAACUUUUUUAUUGGAUCAUGCUUGUAAGUGUUUCCACUUAGAGGAAAAAGUUUGCAGAAAAUUGAAAUUUGAGGCAAUAUUAGGGAAAUUUAUCUUUGGAUGUGGAAGCACUGACUAAACAAAAUGGCGUCCGCUUGUUCGGAAAAUUAAAAAAAAAGUUAAAAAAAAAGUUAAAACCGACCUACCCUACCUAAGUUUUUAUAAAAAGAAACCGGAAACCCACAUAUUUUUUUUUUUGGCCUAACUCAUUCGCAGCUAAAAUUGCAAGUGUGAAUGGGCCUAAGUGUUAAAAUGUGCUACAUUGUUCUUGAAUUUUAGCUCAUCGCAGCGGAUUAAACACGUAGUCUUUAAAGUGACUCUAAAUGUAUAGAAAAUCAAUAUUCACUUGCAUGAUCACUCAGUGUCAUAUAAUGAGUAUCUGCUAUUUUCAUCUGAAGUAGACACUAUUAUAUAAAGUAGGUUCCGUUAAUGGCAUGAGAAGAAGUAUAAAGGAUAGCAGUCCAAUGACAAACAUGACAGCGACAACUAAAAAAGAUUAAAGCACACGUAUGAGC